GCCACGGUUUGCGAUCCGUGUCGUCCAGCCAACGAAACCCUUCCCCUUCCUCUGCUUCUCCUUCGACGGCCGGCGACCAUGGCGGUGGAGAUGACGACCAUGGCGGCGGCAAUUGGGGUAUCCAUACCGGUCCUCCGGUUCCUUCUUUGCUUUGUGGCUACUAUUCCGGUGAGCCUCUUCUGGCGGCUGGUUCCCGGAGUGCUCCCGCGCCACCUCUACGCGGCAUUCUCCGGGGCGGUCCUCUCCUACCUCUCGUUCGGAUCCUCCUCCAAUCUCCACUUCCUCAUCCCCAUGUCUAUGGGGUACUCCUCCAUGCUUCUCUUCCGACGCUACGCCGGCGUCAUCACCUUCUUCGCUGGCUUCGCUUACCUCAUCGGGUGCCAUGUAUAUUAUAUGAGUGGCGAUGCGUGGAAGGAAGGAGGGAUUGAUGCAACUGGUGCUCUGAUGGUGCUAACUCUUAAAGUCAUUUCAUGUGCAAUGAAUUAUAGUGAUGGGCUACUUAAGGAAGAACGCCUUAGUGAGGCUCAAAAAAAGUACCAACUAAUACGGUGCCCUUCCUUGGUUGAAUAUAUUGGUUAUUGUCUCUGCUGUGGAAGCCACUUUGCAGGGCCUGUAUUUGAAAUGAAGGAUUAUCUUGAAUGGACAGAAUGCAUAGGGAUCUGGGCUCCUUCCCAUGACAACCGAUGGCCUUCACCUUUUGGUGCGACCUUGCGUGCUUUACUGCAAGCUGCAAUUUGUAUGGGCUUAUACUUGUUAUUGGUACCAAAGUUUCCUCUUUCUCGGUUCAAUGAACCCAUUUAUCAGGACUGGGGUUUCUGGCAAAGGUUGUUCUACCAAUACAUGUCUGGUUUUACUGCCCGGUGGAAAUACUACUUUAUCUGGUCAAUUUCAGAGGCAGCAAUUAUCAUAUCUGGUCUGGGUUUUAGUGGAUGGUCAGAUUCCUCUCCGCCUAAACCACUCUGGGACCGUGCUAAAAAUGUGGAUGUUCUUGGUGUCGAGUUUGCAACAAGUGCAGUUCAAUUGCCACUAGUAUGGAACAUACAAGUUAGCACUUGGCUACGUCACUAUGUCUAUGAAAGGCUAGUUCAGAAAGGGAAGAAACCUGGAUUCUUUCAGUUGCUGGCUACACAGACAGUUAGUGCUGUUUGGCAUGGAUUAUAUCCAGGUUAUAUUAUAUUUUUCGUUCAGUCAGCAUUGAUGAUUGCAGGUUCACGAGUGAUCUACAAAUGGCAGCAAGCUGUCAAUGCAAAGAAUUUUUUGCUGAGAAAGAUGCUCACGCUUGCAAACUUUGCCUACACUCUUCUUGUCCUUAAUUAUUCCUGCAUUGGUUUCAUGGUUCUAAGCCUCAAGGAGACUCUUGCAUCCUACCAGAGUGUAUAUUUCGUGGGGACCAUUGUCCCCGUCGCAGUUAUCCUCCUCAGUUACGUCAUUAAGCCUCCUAGGCCUGCGAGAUCAAAGACUCAGAAAUCCCAGUGAGGAACAUUCUCCUAUUUCUGUGCUGGUAAAAGAGGUGAAGAAACUUAGCAAACUUCAGUCUCUUUUAGAGUUUUACCUGAUUGAAUCCUAUCUCUGUAGCUGGUAAAAGUUUACCUCUUUUCUUCUCUAAAUUGUCUAAGCAACAGUGAUGCAUUUACCAGCUGAUCUCUGCUACUUUAUUCAGCAUUCCUUCGCUAUGAUGCUUGUUUUAUGCUUUUGGUAUGACUUAAAAUUGCCUGAUCCAUAUCUCUAUAUUGUAUUUUUAUAUGAAUGCAUUGUAUUAUAUUUGAAGAUCCAUUACAUUUAAAGGUUGAAAGAUUA